AUGAGUUCACAAUGAAUAAGCCCACGUCAACCUUUAACCCUUCCAAUACAAAUAGAGCGAGCAUUUCUUGUUGGAGUUUCUAGGGUUUAAUCCGAGCGCUGCUGCUGCAAAUCGAAUCGAAGCGAGAAAGAGAAAAUCUGACAAAUUCGUCUUCACCAUGGGUAAAGUUCACGGUUCCCUUGCUCGUGCUGGAAAAGUUAGAGGACAAACCCCAAAAGUUGCAAAGCAAGACAAGAAGAAGCAGCCACGUGGACGUGCUCACAAGCGUAUGCAAUACAAUCGCCGUUUCGUCACCGCCGUGGUUGGAUUCGGAAAGAAGCGUGGACCUAACUCAUCUGAGAAGUGAGGAUGAUGCUUAGUGGAAGUUUUUUUAAUUAGUUUGAUGAAGUGUUACUUUUUUUUUAUUUGAUUCAUGAAUUGUGGAACUAUGAAAUUUCUGACUAUGUUAAAUGAAAGAGUUUUGUUGUCGUAGUUAAUUUUGGAAGAGUUUGUUUGAUUACAAGUCGGUGUGGAAAUAGUUUAGUAGUUUACUUAAUCGAUUAAAUUCAAUGCCAUCUACUUGGUAGAUUUUGCAGUUUGCUAA